AUGCUGAAGUAUAUAGUAGCAUUUCGUCGAAGAUCUGAUUCAGAACAACUUACGACGAAUCAUCGUUUUCCGAUCUGUGAUUUAUCACAACAAAAUCGUUUCGAUCACUUUGAUUCUCAUCAAAGUCAUCCAACAUUGAAUAUGACAAUGCGCUUAAAGAAGAGUGAAAGUUGCGAUGAUUUCGGACAUAAUGGAUUACAUCAUCAAUUAUGCAAAAAUAAUAAUGAUAGUAAAUUAAUUGAAUUUAAUGGAAUGAUGGAAACAAAUGAGGAUUGUGAUCCAAUUCUUGCAACAACUCAUACAUAUCCGAUUGAUAAUAUUGUUGAUAAUGAUGUUAAUGAUGACGAUGAUAAUAAGGUACAACGUAAUGAUGAAUCUCAUUUUGGUAUGAUACGACGACGUUUUGGAGGUGUUAAAUCAGUUGGAGCAAUUCGAAGGCAAUGGCAUCGUCCUGUUGCUGAGGUUUUCCCAAAUAAUACUCAUAUUCGUACUAUUAGUAAAGAUGGUAGCUUCCAGUCAAUAGCUUCAUUUAAACUUGCAAAGCAUACUUCGAAUAAUUCAUCGAUCACAAAGGAGCGCUCUCCAAAACCGCCACCAUUACUUACACAUUUAUUGAUUGACGCGGAUUCGACAUAUCAUAUUGGCGGUGUAUCAGAGUCAAGCUUAUCAUCUAAUAGCGAUCAGCAAAAACAAUCAAUGCUACGAAAAAGUUGCCCAGAUUUACGCAUAUCUGAAAGUGAUGGUAUCUUACCAAAAACUAUGGAAAUUUGUCGAGCACAAAAUCGCAUUCGUCGUGCUUAUGAGAAGAAGCAUGCAGCAUUGUGGAAGAAAAAACCUAUAGCUGAAUGGAAUCUGGACGAUGUUCUACUAUGGUUGCAACAUUGUAAAUUAGAUGAUGUGGCAUCAGUAAUAAUUGGUUAUGAUAUUAGUGGGAAAGAUGUGGAACGAUGGGAUAAUAAUAUUCUUGAGCAGCUUGGUGUAACGACGGAGCAGACACGAACCAAAAUAUUGCAUGAGUUACGGGCACUGAAAGCACGACAAACAAAUCCAUCAGCUGAGCUAAAUGAAAUCACUGGUACCAAGUCUAAGAAAGGUAAACCUAUGGUACCACUAUUCAAAUUGGUACGAUCAACUAGUUACGAUAAAGUGGUUGCACUGGAGACACCACUAACAACUCGUGAUAUUACUGUAGCUGAGGGGAGAUUUGGCUGCUUGCAAGUCACAAAGGUCAACGGUGCUAACAUUCCGCUAAAGGAGCAAGACUGCUUUUUGGAAAUUAAUGAAAUGCCGGGGCAAGCAUUCCGUUCACCACUAAUGUUCACCAAAUUAGUCACUGAGGCAGCCGGUGAACCGAUCAGGUUGGUUGUUCUCAGACGGCGUUUGAUGUCCACCGCUGAUACAGUUGUCGACUACGAUUACGAUAAUGAUACUUCCGGUCGUGGUACAUUUCUUGAAAAAACGCUCCAAGCCGUUGAUCAGGAAUCAUCGGCAAGUAGUGGUGUAUCAUCAAGUGAAUUAUCUUCAGAGAUAGCACCACUUAACGAUGACAACAAAUCCCAAGUUCUGAGGUUAUGA